AUGAGUAGGCAGCGCGCCGGGAGUGCGGAGCUCCGUGCCAGCCUCACUCCUCAUGCGGUGGAUGCUGCCGGGGUUCUAGCCGGUUUCCGCGGGAGCGGCAGCCCCAACAUGGCAGAGACCGAGGCCGGAGUGGGCCGCUUCAAGGCCGACUACGUCGUGGAGCGCAAAAUCGAACCUUUCUACAAGGGUGGAAAUGCGCAGCUGGACCAGACCGGCCAGCACCUCGUCUGCGUCUGUAGCACCAAAGUCCACACUCCGGAGGUGGCCUCGGGGGCCAUGCUGCGGCGUCUGGAGCAGGAGGACCAGGACGAUACCACUGCCUUUGACCUCAGCCCUGACAGUGAGGCGCUGCUGACAGCCAGCCGGGCGCUGCUGCGGGCUCCGUGGGCUUGGCAAGAGGGCAGCGUUACCCGCCUUUGGGCGGCGAUACACACAGCCCCCGUGGCCACCGUGACCUUAGACCCCACCUCCACACUGCUAGCCACAGGCGGCUGUGACGGGGCUGUGCGCGUCUGCGACAUGGCGCGGCACUCCGGGACACACCGCUUUUAAUGAUCGCC